CGCGCUCCGGGGUCCGGCCACAGCUGAGAGCGCCCGCGCGCCCGUGCUCGGGGCGCCGAAGGCCCUCUGCUUUCUGCUGCGAGACCCUUCGUGCGGCGGGGAACGAUGCGACCUCACCCGGCCCUGUCCAGACACCUGCGAUUCUUAAUAACGAGUCCGUGAGGGUCGUGCGUGAGGAUUCAGUCUGAAGAAGGAGUAACAGGAUUUCUGUCCGAAUAUGAGCCGCACACACAACCAAUGCAGAUUCUUCAGCUCGAAAUGUCCUGUUUAAAUCAGUUCCCUGAAAAAUAAAUUCGACGUGCCCGGACAAGAGAUAUUUGUCGUGUGACUUCACAAAAAACCGUGAGAUGUCAGGCCCCUCGCCAUUCAAGAUGCGAUUUGUUCAUCUGGACCUUAAAGGAGCCCCGCCAAAGGUCUCCUACCUCUCGGAGGCGUUCCCUCUGUUCCGUGCCUUGGGCGCCACUGGCCUCCUCAUCGAGUACGAAGACACGUUUCCCUACGAGGGCCACCUGAGGCUGCUGCGGGCCCAGCACGCGUACAGCCCUGCUGAAGUCAAAGAGAUCCUGCGUCUGGCCGCACUGAAUGAGCUCGAGGUCGUCCCCUUGGUGCAGACGUUUGGACACAUGGAGUUUGUGCUGAAGCACCAGGCUCUCGCUCACCUCCGAGAAGUGGCGCUUUUCCCCAACACCCUGAACCCCCACGAGGCAGAGUCCCUGGCGCUGGUCGGAGCCAUGAUCGACCAGGUCAUGGAGCUGCACCCGGGGGCCCGGUGGCUCCACAUAGGCUGUGACGAGGUCUAUUACCUUGGGGAGGGGGAGGCCUCGAGACAGUGGCUGCAGCAGGAGCAGAACACCAAAGCCAAACUGUGUCUGUCCCACGUGAGGGCGGUGGCCAGCCACGUGCUGGCCCGGCACCCCGCCACAGCGCCCAUGGUGUGGGACGACAUGCUGCGCGACAUCCCCGAGGACCAGCUGUCAGAGUCAGGGGUGCCGCAGCUGGUGGAGCCAGUGCUCUGGGACUACGGGGCCGACCUGGACGUCCAUGGCAAGGCCCUCCUCAUGGAAAAGUACCGGAAGUGCGGUUUCCCCCGGCUAUGGGCCGCCAGUGCCUUCAAGGGAGCCACCGGGCCAAGCCAGGCCCUGCCCCCCAUCGAGCACCACCUUCAAAACAACAUGCAGUGGCUGCAGGUGGCAGCCUGUGCGCCAGCAGACAUGCUGCAGGGCAUCAUCCUGACCGGCUGGCAGAGGUACGAUCACUUCUCCGUGCUGUGUGAGCUGCUGCCUGUGGGGAUACCGUCCCUGGCCGUCUGUCUGCAGUCACUGCUACACGGGGGUUUUGCUGAAGACUUUAGGGCAAGAGUGGAGAAACUUCUUGGGAUCUCGAGCCUGGAAAUCACCGGUGUUACGAGUGAGGGGGCCGCCUCCUUCCCUGGCAGUGACAUCCUGGCCCUCGUCACACAAGUCAGCCUCCACCUGCGCAGCUCUGUGGACGAGAUGCUGCAGAGGGACAGGUGUGUGACGGGCUGGUUCAGCCCGUAUCAUCGCAGGCGGAAGUUCAUCCAUCCAGUCAUGGUCCAGCACAUCCAGCCCCAGGCGCACAGUCUGCUGGCCAGGUGGCGUGCCCUUGUGCAGGAGCUGGAGGCCGCCCUGCUCCGUGUCUUCCACGAGGACGCCGUGGAGGAGUGGCUGGAGGAGAACGUGGACCCUGGCUUAGGGCAGCUGCAGGCGCUGCUGCAGGACCUGGACGGAGCCACUGGUUCCCAGCCCCCACAGGCUAGCCCUGGCCCUGACACAGGUCAGGACCCCUGAGCGGAGGGGCCCCUCACCCUGUCCAGCUGUGUCUGGCCCGACACAUCUCUGAGCCCUGCAAGCAGGGAGUGCCCGGUGCAAAGGUGGCUGUCGCCGGGGGAGCACAGCAGGAAACGUGGGUGGAAGUGCUCGUGGGGACGUGCUCGUGGGGACCUGCUCGUGAUCUGCGUGCAGGACUUUCUUGUGAAAUAAAAAGGAAA